ACAUACGACCACAGGGUGUGGAAAAUAGGGCUUCCCGUCCGCUCAGCCGUACUCAAGCCACACGCCGGGAGGUUAGUAGUUGGGUGGGUGACCACCAGCGAAUCCCUUCUGUUGUAUGUUUUUGGGCCCAGUUCCUUCUUUUAUCUCUGGAAGGUCUUCCUUUUUCUUCUGAAAAUCAAAAGCAACCAGAUGUCCUUCUUUGCCGACUCCCGCUGUGAAUCAUCAAAUGAUGUCAUUGCGAAAAAGCAUUAUCUGCUCAUCUAG